GGGCUAAGCCAGGCACACAGUGCCGGAGAAGAUGCCCUCGUGGGCCCUCUUGGUGGUCACCUCCUGCCUCCUCCUGGCCCCCCAAAACCUGGCACAAGUCACCAGCCAAGAUGCCUCCUUUCUGGCCUUGGAUUCAGAGCCCCUGAACUGUUUCUCUCGAACAUUUGAGGACCUCACUUGCUUCUGGGAUGAGGAAGAAGCAGCGCCCAAUGGAACAUACCAGCUGCUGUAUGCGUACCCAGGGGAGAAGCCCCGUGCCUGCCCCCUGAGUUACAAGAGCGUGCCCCCCUUUGGGACCCGAUAUGUGUGUCAGUUUCCAGCCCAGGAUGAAGUUCGCCUCUUCUUUCCACUGCACCUCUGGGUGAAGAACAUGUUUCUGAAUCAGACUCUGACCCAGCGGGUGCUCUUUGUGGAUAGUGUGGGCUUACCAGCUCCCCCAGAUAUCAUUAAGGCUUCAGGUGGGAGCCAGCCAGGGGACCUGCAGAUCAGCUGGGAGACCCCAGCUCCCGAAAUCAGUGAUUUCCUGAGGCACGAACUUCGCUACGGCCCCAAGGAUCCCAGCAACUCCAUUGGUCCCACAGUCAUGCAGCUGCUGCCCACAGAAACCUGCUGUCCAGUUCUGCAGAGACUAAACCCAGUCCCAGCUCUGCACCAGCCUCCAUGUGCUCAGCCCAUGAUGCCCCAACAGGAUGGACCAGAGCAGACUUCCCCAACUAGAGAAGCCUCAUCUCUAACAGUGAGGAGUGGAAGCUGCCUCAUCUCAGGGCUCCAGCCUGGUAAAUCCUAUUGGCUCCAGCUGCGCAGCCAACCCGAUGGGGUCUCCCUCCUUGGCUCCUGGGGAUCCUGGUCCCUCCCUGCAACUGUGGACCUGCCUGGAGAUGCAGUGGAAAUUGGACUGCAGUGCUUUACCUUGAACCUGAAGAAUGUUACCUGUCAGUGGCAGCAACAGGACCAUGCUAGCUCCCAAGGCUUCUUCUACCACAGCAGGGCACGGUGCUGCCCCAGAGACAGGGACCCCAUCUGGGAGAAGUGUGAAGAGGAGAAAUAUCCAGGAUUACAGCCCUCCCAGUUCUCCCGCUGCCACUUCAAGUCACGAAAUGACAGUGUUAUUCACAUCCUUGUGGAGGUGACCACAGCCCAGGGUGCUGUUCACAGCUACCUGGGCUCCCCUUUCUGGAUCCACAAGGCUGUGCUCAUCCCCACUCCAAACUUCCACUGGAGGGAGGUCUCCAGUGGGCAGCUGGAAUUGGAAUGGCAACACCCAUCAUCCUGGGGAGCCCAAGAGACCUGCUAUCAGCUCCGAUACACAGGAGAAGGCCAUCAAGACUGGAAGGUGCUGGAGCCGCCUCUCGGGGCCCAGGGAGAGACCUUGGAGCUGCGCCCGCGCUCUCGCUACCGCUUACAGCUGCGCGCCAGGCUCCACGGCCCCACCUACCAAGGCCCCUGGAGCGCCUGGUCCGACCCAGUGCGCGUGGAGACCACCUCCGAGACCGCCUGGAUCUCCUUGGUGACCGCUCUGCUCGUGGUGCUGGGCCUCAGUGCCCUCCUGGGCCUGCUGCUGCUGAGGUGGCAGUUUCCUGCGCACUACAGGUACCGCCCCGGUCACUCAGGAGAUGGGUGGGGCCGGAGGCCUCUAAACAAGCAUCCCAGGGUUACCCAAUGACACCCGCUCUCCCGAGGACCGAGGACCGCAAGUCCACACCUUUGGCUUCAGCCACUUCCUGCAAGUCUCCCCUGGGAGUCGCACCGCUUCCGUACACUCUAA